UGUCAAGCUAAAAGUUUCCUACCCAAUCUGCCAAAGACUUCAAUUAUUAUCGUUUUCCAUAACGAAGCAUGGACCACGCUUCUUCGUACUCUGCACUCUGUUAUCAAUAGAUCACCUUUGGCACUGUUGGAAGAGAUUAUUCUGAUCGAUGACUUAUCAGAUAGGGAUUACCUCAAAGCUCCUCUGGAUGAAUAUAUAAAGCGCUUCCCUGUUCCCAUGCGGAUUGUCCACUUGAAGCGGCGGAGUGGUCUUAUACGUGCACGCUUAACUGGCUCUGGAAUGGCCAAGGGGCGUGUGCUUUUAUUCCUAGAUGCGCAUGUAGAGGUUACUGAAGGUUGGCUGGAACCACUCGUAGACAGGGUAGCCAGAGACAGGAAGCGUGUAGUAGCUCCCAUUAUAGAUGUAAUAUCGGAUGAUACUUUUGAGUAUGUAACUGCUUCUGAUACGACAUGGGGAGGCUUCAACUGGCACUUGAACUUCCGCUGGUAUCCAGUUCCAAAACGUGAAAUGUUGCGAAGAAAGGGCGAUCGUUCAUCGCCCAUCCAAACGCCAACCAUUGCUGGAGGUCUGUUCGCCAUUGACAAGCAGUUCUUCUACGACAUCGGCUCUUACGAUGAGGGCAUGCAAGUAUGGGGAGGAGAAAAUCUGGAGAUCUCUUUCAGGGUGUGGAUGUGCGGUGGAUCACUGGAGAUUCAUCCAUGUUCUCGUGUUGGUCACGUAUUUCGCAAGCAGACACCCUACACUUUCCAGGUGGUACUGCAAAGGUUAUACAUCAUAACGCCGCACGAACGGCUGAGGUGUGGAUGGACCAUUACAAGCAAAUUCUUCUACAAGAUGCUGCACGUAAUGUGGAUGCUGGUGAUGUUUCCGGCAGGAGGGCAGCUACGCACCAAUUUGCAGUGCAAAAACUUUGAAUGGUACCUCAAGAAUAUUUAUCCUGAGGCCCCAUUACCGUAUGAUUACAAGUCCUUGGGCGCUAUUGCCAAUCAGGAGACGAAGCUUUGUCUGGACACAAUGGCGAAGAAAGAUGGUCCGGUGGGAAUACAGGCAUGUCAUGGAGCAGGUGGCAAUCAGGCGUGGUCAUUGACGGAACGAGGAGAAAUUCGAUCUGAUGAUCUGUGUCUUUCUUCUAGUGGUCUCGAUAAUCUCGUUCGAUUAGAACGGUGUAACGUCGCAUCUCCAAAUACUAAGCAUCUUUUCAAGUAUGACUACGAGAAUAAGCAUCUCGUCCAUGUGAAAACUCGAUUCUGCGUGACAGCCGCGAAUGGCAAAGAGGUCGUGGUGCGGCCGUGUAACUUCUCUGCAGAGCAGAACUGGGCCCUCGAGGGCUAUUCUAUGCUUGAAGGGUUUCGUCGCAUGGCUACGCAGCGACGGUCGCUGCUUUCCUUAGCGGGGAAAGCUCUGAAUGGCCAACAAAAACGCACUGGUUUCAUUCAUAAAUGGAACCGUUUUAUACGAUGGCAAGAACUGGAUAAAGCAAGGGAAGAGCAUCUGCGUGAGCGUCACUUGAUGCAAAAUUACAUCAGAUUCCCCACAGGAAUGUACUUAACUCCAGAGCGCCCUGAACACGUAAUGCCAAAGAAGGAUCUGGCUGAUAUGACGCGGAGGGAAACAGGAGCAGUUCCGAUGGAACUGCUUACCUAUCAAACCCAGAUGAGAUAUGUUGAUCACAGCUUCGACAAUAUCCGACGCUAUAAGCGCUAUAGGCAUUUCCAACAUCUCCAAUAUGAUCAGAGAAUGAUCCCUGAACGACUGUUGUUCUUGGGCCCAGAUCUGGCUGCCGCGCAUUUUCUAGUCCACAGAGGAGCUUCAGUGAAAUUUAUAGGUGAUGAUGCUUGGUACGCAAAGGACAAAUCAGGGAAUUACAGUCUACCUGGAACUAAGGUGCCAGGACUUUACUUGGAAGCAAUAGACGCAUCAGGAACAGAGCUUAUGUUUGAAGGUUUCGAGAACUUACAAAACCUAAGCCAUCUGAGGAUGCUUCGGUUAGCAGACUGUCCUUAUGUGGACGAUUGGACAUUAUCUAGAAUAGGAGGAAUGAUGGAGGGUUUAGAGAUGCUGGACCUGAGUGGCUGUUAUCGAGUUUCUGCCAAAGGUCUUAUGGGUUUGAAGAUGCUGAAAUCGUUGAAAUAUCUCCGGCUUGAAGGGAUAGACUGUAAGUUGAAAGUUCUCGGCAUCGAUUACGAGCAUGAAUUAGAAGAACUAGAAGCAAAUAUGAGACUUCUCGAAAACCCAAAUGUCGUCGAGGAUGCUAGAGGAAAUAUUUUCGCUGAGGACGACAAUGGGCGAUUAUUCUACAUCGGAGGGACGUCCAACGAAGGCGUCCGGGCCGUCUGUGACAGAGACGUAAGCUAUAAUGACAAGCACUAUACGGAGGGAGAUUCCAAAAAUGAGUGA